CUUGCAAUGGCUCGCCUACCUACUAAGAGGAGACGGACAGACAGAGCAGGCAACACGCUAGUGAUUGGUGCUCCCAACGAAGACGACCUCCCUUCCGCACGAACUACAUCAACGAUAACCUCCACUGCGUACUCAACGAGAUCCGUGCAACCCAGCCAUGUCCCCGCAUUGACCACUCUAUGCGCUCGAGCCUUCAUCCAUAGCCUGAAGCUCCUAACAAAUGGGGGUAAUUGGGAGUCUCAGAAACAAUGGUUGGAACACCUGCCGGAUCACAUCGUCCCGCGGCUCUUCGCUAUGAUGCGCGCUGAAGUUCCGGAUGCGUUAACAUCGCCAUUCAUGACAACUUAUCUCUUGCGCGGUCCUUCGAUCACCCUCACAAGCGAGUUGUUACACGUGAAGAAAGCAACGGUCGAGGCCGUUGGCAGAGUGGGCGCCGAAUUGACAGAUCUGGAGAUAACUGGGCAAGCGAGCAUACCGGAAUCGACCUGGGUGCAACUCUUCAAGAAGCUCCCUUCCCUAAAGAAGCUCAAUCUACGCGGCUGCACGAAGGUGGAUGCCAACGUGGUCGCCACCAUAUCACGAUCAUGUCGCCUCCUUACAAGCGUGAAUCUGAAUCAGACCUCUGCUACCCCUGCGUCGAUAGCAGCCCUCGUGCUUGCUUGCAGAGACAUCGAGGUCCUGAAGCUUGCUGGCAUACAACCGAACUGGACCGAUGCCGCGUUCGCACGAUUCCUGUCGGCUGUGAACGAGACCGAAGGCUUUGAGCUGGUGAAACUGCGCAACUUGAAGCUGCGACAGCUAGGCCUCGGGGACGCGUCAUUGCACCCACUGCUGAAGAUGGUCCCUAAUCUCAAUCGGCUGGACCUCUCGUUCACCGGCAUACGACACUUGCCUAAAGUGGACCCGGAUUUCUCCAUACCUCCCUUGGAGAAGCUAUCCCUGACGUCCACCAUGGUGUUCACGGACGACGUCUUAACUGCCAUGGAGCAUCUACCACGCUUAAAGACGCUUAAUCUCGGCGCACUGGGUGCAUCUCAAGGAAGGGCCAGCCUCUCCAACUCUUCGGCGCUAACUAUGACCCCCGCCAUGCUCCGAGAGCUGACCUCAAUCCUUGCCGAACGUUGUCCGGACCUUGAGGUCGUCUCCUUGGUUGGUAACACCAAACUCGGUAUGGGAAGCAGGGACCCGGCAGUUCGCGACUUUAUCGCCCAGGUUGGCCGACGAUGCAAGACGUUGAAUAUGGCUGCGAUCCCAGGCUUGCGCUCUGGGGAUCUCGCUGGGCUGUUAUCCGAGGGCGAAGGUCCGCCUCGGAUAGAGACGUUAAAUCUUAGCAACACCUCAGUCGACGACGAAGCUGCGCAAUAUAUCUCUUGUUGCGAGUCUCUUCAAACGCUCGAGGUUGCUGGCACAAAAUUCACUCCCGCAGGUCUGUUCCCCAUCAUCGAUGCGUGCGAGAAGUUGCAGACACUGGACCUGACGUCCUGCCGCGGUAUCAAAACCGUGGACCGAAGACGGUUCUUUGAGGUAUGGGAAUCAGAAUGGAGGAAUCGAUGAGAGUAUCGAUAUUGUUCACAUCGACGCUGAUGAUCCGUAAGGAUCCCAUGGGGGUGCCGCUCAGACAAGACAAAUUUGUAUGUAACAACGUCCCGUAGUUCGGACGGUCAUACUCGCAUUAGGACGCACAGUAUGGAGAUACGGACGUGCUUUCUCUAUAGUAACGUCGAUCGCGCGCCAUCUUCAGCAAACCAUUGUCCAAGCGUUUCAUCCCAUCUAUUUUCCCGAACCCACGCGAGAUACUCUUUCGCUUUAUCGUAGUGCUCC